AUAGUGUGAGUGACUUCAAAAUAGUCUUCACCGGAACGAGUGAGGGAGAUGGAAUCGUCGGAAGAAUAAUACAACAGUCGGAGAAGAAAAUGAAAAGAAAAGGGAAAGUGGUGUGGUGUGGUGUGGUUUAACGAGAAAACCGUAGAAAUGAGAGGAAAGUUUACGAUUUAAAGUAAAAACUAAAAAAACAAAAUAUAAAAAUGAGAAAAAAAAUCGUAUAUGCUCUCACUGCCCCCUCAAAAAAAACCCUUUAGGUUCUUUCACUGCCCUCUCGCGGUGGACUCUUCCUUUCCUUGAGCUCCUCACGGUCGACUCCUUCCGUCUCUGCUCCUCAGAAUGCAGCUCUCUCUCUCUGCUCAGUGCACCGCCAUGGAAGACUGGCUAAUAGUUAAUGCAGACUUACGAAUAGAAAUAGUUACUCAAGCACUUGAGGUCACGGCAGUAGCUAUCCUCUUACUCACUCCACUGUUUCUUCUUCUCCUACCACACUUCCCAUACACCACCAGCACUGCCGCUGCCGCCCGCUCUUCUUUUGCAUCCUUUGCUUCUCGUUCCAACCCAAAUCCAAGUAGUGGCAGAGGAGGAGAUAUGGAGAUGAAGAAUGGUCGAGAAAGAUCGAGAAGUCAUGGAGGAGGAAGUGGUGGUGGCUGUGGCUCUGGUAAAGAUAAGAUUGAAGCACUUGGUAGAUUGAUGACACGUAUUUUGCGCCAUACGGCAUCUGAAUUAAAUUUGAGUAUGCGAAGUGAUGGGUUUGUUAAGGUCAAUGAUAUCUUACAACUGAAUAUGAAGACAUUUGCCCAUAUCUCUUUAAGAUCACAUACGGUUGAUGAUGUUAGGGAGGCUGUUCGGAAUGAUAAUAAGCAGCGGUUUAGCCUCCUAGAAGAAAACGGAGAGCUUUUCAUACGUGCGAACCAAGGCCACACUCUACCGAUAGUUGAGACUGAAAGACUAUUACAACCCAUAGUUUCAGCUGAAGAAAUUCCAGAGUGUGUACAUGGAACUUACAGAAAGCAUUUGGAUUCUAUAUUACAGUCGGGUCUCAAACGCAUAAAAAGAAUACAUAUCCACUUCGCUCGCGGCUUGUCAACAGACUGUGAAGUCAUUAGUGGUUUUAGGCGCAAUGUAGAAGUUUUGAUCUAUCUUGAUGUCAAGAAAGCUUUGGAAGAGGGCAUGAAGCUCUACAUUUCAGACAACAAGGUAAUCUUGACUGAAGGUAUAGAUGGUGUUAUACCUGUCAAGUACUUUGAAAAGAUAGAAUCAUGGCCAGAUAGACAACCUAUUCCUUUUUGGUCUUAUGGAUCAGAUAAAAAACUAGGAGCUUGAUUGGUUCGCGAUUGGAAGACUUUUUUUAAGAAGUGUGAACUUGAAAUAAGAUUCAGUUUCUUGGGUUUGGGCUUAGCCGUGUUUUUUGUUUGUUUUGUUGUUUGUUCUGGUUGCUUUAGUUUUUUGUAAUGGUAUUUUUCAUCAUGUCCUUCAAGGACCUUGGCUAGUGCCAAUUUGGUAUGAUCUUUCUCCUUGUUCAGAUCGCCUCUGGGUGGUGUCGUUAAUUCAACUUUGAGCAUUGAAACUUGAUUGCAAUAUCUUAUAAAUGAAAACCACUGUUUUGUGUAUA